AUGACGAGCGUAGGUCAGCUGGAUUCUGCCUUGAAGGACUGCGCUGAAGCACCUCAGACUCUCGACUCCCUCCUGUCUUCUAUCGGCGCCCCAAAGCCCACGACCGGUUCCACGCCUCAAAAUGAAUCCACAGCAUCCAAGCCCUCCCAGCCCACGCGGCCGACCGUCACGAACGGAGCGAGUCCAAAUGCGCCACCAAAGCGAAAGGCAGAAGGCGAUCUAGCGGCGGCAGGAGCGAAAGCGCAGAAGCGCGAGGGACAAACAGCCGUCGACCGACCGCGAGCACCUGCGCAGAAACCAGAUUCGAUACCCUAUCGCGGCACUGCAAACGUGAGGCCAACAACCUCAUUAACAAUCGCUCCAGCAUCUGCCGUAAAGCCGACGCCCAACCAAGCCCCACCCCCCACAAACAAAGCGCCCUCUGUCCCAGCAGCAGCGCCGAAGAAAGGCUCAUACGCCGAGAUCCUCGCCCGAGCGAAAGCCGCACAAGAAGCCAAAACCGCCAUCGGAUCCAUCAAGCACAAGCCUGUCGAGAAGCUCGCAAAGAAGGAACGACCAGCUCCAUUAGCCGCCGCAAAAGGCGCGCAACCAGCAGGCGCGAAGAGCAAGCAACCAUUAGCCAAGGAUAAUAAAGUAAGCGGGCCAGGUCGGAGCAGGAGUCCGGAAAAACCGAAGGUGAAAGGUGCAGAGCCGGUCAAGGAGAAGAGAAAGCCACUUGACCUUGGUUACACCGGCACGAUGCGCCCGAAGCCGGCGGAACCAGCUUACAAGGGUACUAUGGGCCUCUCCGCCGCGGCACGGAGGCCCGGAUAUGACAGCGAUCGCUCGCGACCUAUGGAUCGGAGUCGUAGCACGUCAUCUACUGCGAAGGCGGCGUCGAAGGGCCGCUAUACCUACGCUAGUUACUCCGAUGAGGAGGAAGAGGACGAUGACGGCGCAUCGGAUGCAUCGUCAGACAUGGAAGCCGCGGCGUGGGAUCUCGAAGAAGAGGAGCAGAUGAGUUUGCGCGUGGCGAAGAAGGAAGAUGAAGAGGCUCUCGCGGAGGAGAACAGGCUCAAGCGUGAGAAGGCCGAGAAGAAGAAGAAGCUGGAGCAGUUGGCGGCAUCGGCGGCGAAGAAGAAGAAGAUGUACUAG